AUGGCAGCGCCGGCCGUCCCGGCUCUGCGCUCAGAGAGAGGCAGCCGCUUUGCCGGCUGGAAGCGAUCGCCCGUGGCUGCGAGGCCGUGCCCUGCCCGGGGCCGCCCUCUGCCCGGGGCCGGCUGCCAAAGGCCGCCGCGGGGCCGCGCAGUCCGGGCCCCCGCCCCCGGCGUUCGCGGCUCCCCCUCCCGCCCGCAGAUAACCGCGGCCCCCCCGGCCCUUCCCCACCCGCCCAGGGCGGACUCGGCCCCGGCUCGGCAGCCGCUCUCCAGGCGCCAGCUGCCUCUGGUCGCCUCCGCGGCGCGGGCAAGGAUGGCUCGGCAGCCCCGGGGCUUUCUGCAGGAGGCCUCUCACCAAGUCGUCGCCGGAGGCUCGGCGGGUCUUGUAGAAAUUUGCCUGAUGCAUCCCCUUGAUGUAGUGAAAACAAGGUUCCAAAUUCAAAGAGGGAAAACUGAUCCAACCAGUUACAAGAGCCUGGGGGACUGUUUUAGGACUAUUUUCCAACGAGAAGGAUUACUCGGCUUCUACAAAGGAAUACUUCCUCCUGUCUUGGCUGAGACACCCAAAAGGGCGGUGAAGUUUUUUACCUUUGAACAAUACAAGAAGCUACUGGGAUAUGUGUCAUUGCCCCCAGGACUGGCAUUUGCAGUUGCUGGCUUGGGAUCUGGGUUGACAGAGGCAGUUGUGGUUAACCCGUUUGAAGUAGUGAAGGUUACCUUACAGACCAAUCAGAGCGCCUUCACAGAGCAACCAUCUAGCUUUGUUCAAGCUCAGCAGAUCAUUAAAACCGGUGGUCUGGGCUUCCAAGGACUCAACAAAGGCCUUACUGCAACACUGGGCCGUCACGGAGUUUUUAACAUGGUUUACUUUGGAUUCUACUUCAAUGUGAAAAACAUUCUUCCAGUCAAUAAAGAUCCAAAUUUGGAGUUUUUGAGGAAAUUUGGAAUUGGGCUGGUCUCAGGAACAAUAGCCUCAAUUAUUAACAUUCCUUUUGAUGUUGCAAAAAGUAGGAUUCAAGGACCACAGCCAGUUCCUGGAGAGAUCAAGUACAGAACCUGUUUUAAAACUAUGGCAACAGUCUAUAAAGAGGAAGGAUUUCUAGCUUUGUACAAAGGCUUGCUUCCCAAGAUCAUGAGGCUGGGUCCAGGUGGAGCAGUGAUGCUUUUGGUUUACGAAUACGUUUAUGCAUGGCUUCAGGACACAGUUAAUCACAAAUAGCACUUCUGAAAAAAUGUACCCUUUAAAACUAUAUGCAUUCUAAAAUACACUAUAAUAAAGCAAAAGUGAUUCUUAUCCUUUUUAGUGUUGAAUAAAUACCCUCAGAUUGCACUGAUGUUAAUACAGCUCCAAAUAAAUAUGGUCUCUAGGUCCUGAUCCAAGAAAA